ACAACACAGUGAACCGCUUUUUAUAAAGAACCUGGAAUUAACAGCUUGGUACCACUUGACCAAAAAAAUCACCUCUCUAAUUAAAAAGAGCUGAAUUUCAUGCUUUCUGAAGGCGAUGUUGUGUAAACUGACCCUUGUGCCCUUAACACAAGGGACAACAGCGUUCAGUGACAAAUACCCGUUAAUCCACUUCUGUACCGUGUUAAUAAGCAGGGACAUUUUGCUAUUAAAAAAAUGUCUGAUUAUUCCUCGCUACGGUUCGUGAUUCGGUUCCUUCUCUGCCCUUGGCAGGCAGAUAGGAAGUUUUCGGUAGCCGUGAAAGGUGUGUCUCUUCGGUGGCCUUAUAAAAGAAGGGCAGAGAGAGGGUUGAGACAUCAGAAACACACACACACACACACACACACUCAGACUCACACUCACAGGUAAGUAGCGGGACAUCGAGUAGGAGAACGAGGAGGAAGCGUUUGCAAAACGAGGGAAGUGCAGACACCUUUCUUUACAGCAUUAAAUGGUUAAAGAAAUGAGAAUGGGGUGUCCUGUAUGGAUGUUGGUUCUGACUAUGCUGUUUGCAAGUGGAUCAGAGGUUCGAGCUCAGUGCUGGGAGAAUGCUGGAUGCCAAGAUAUAACAUCAGACAGAAAUAUCCUGGAAUGCAUCAAGCUGUGCAGAUCUGAGCUCACAGCAGAGUCUCCUAUCUACCCUGGAGAUGGUCACCUCCAGCCCGUCUUCCUCGUUCCCAACGACAUCCCUGCUGCCACGCUUUCCACCCCUCCAGAGGACGGCGCCCCCGAGUCCAGUCCUCAACACGAAGACAAGCGCUCGUACUCCAUGGAGCACUUCCGCUGGGGUAAACCUGUGGGUCGCAAGCGCCGGCCCAUUAAGGUGUACGCCAACGGAGUGGAGGAGGAGUCAGCCGAGGCCCUGCCGGCGGAGAUGAAACGCGAGUCAGGGGGCGUCGAGGACAGCACCAUCAGCCAAGAUAAGAAAGACGGUACCUACAAGAUGAAUCACUUCCGCUGGGGCGGCCCGCCGGCCAGCAAGCGCUACGGGGGCUUCAUGAAGUCUUGGGAUGAGCGCAGCCAAAAGCCUCUGCUCACACUGUUCAAGAACAUCAUCAACAAAGACGGACACCAGAAGAAGGACCACUGAAGAACUCCAAACCUAAUAACCAUUAACAAUUAUUAGGUAGAAUGAUCUUUAUUUGCUCUUAUUUUUUUUUUUCCUAUAUUCUUAAACUCCCUCUGUACCACUUAAGAUGAAACUGGAAAGACUUUGUUCACUUUGUUCUUGUAGCAGUACAUUCACCAAAUAAUCUACAAGCAUUUGCACAGUAUUUAUGUUGAAUAAAUAUCGAUUAGAGGA